AUGACUAUCAACAAACCAUUGCACAUCUUCUCCAAAAUCACCCAUCCGUACAACGCGACCAAUCCAGAGAUGUGGCCGAUAUCCAGCCCCAAGACGUCAGUAGAGCCGUACAUCGCAUUUGGGCCUCCCCUACUGACACGGAGAAUUAGUGAGCAGUCCGAGGUCAACGGCGCUCCGCACGCCAUCAUCGAGUCACCACUUCUCCGCCUCCCACCCGAGCUUAGGAACGUUAUCUUCGCCUACGCACUCGAUCACGGGACAGUCUCUCCCCACCUCGGAACGACUUGUCUGGAGCGCAGGUUGAGGAAAGACCCGAUCCGUAAGCGCUUCGGUCUGCUAUUCACCUGCCGACAGAUCUACGCGGAAACUGCUCUCCUCCCAUACAAGCUCAACACGUUCAGUGUGAUGGACAAGGUGCAGAUGGACCAUGAAGAAGUGCGGGCGGCGACGGUGUGGAUGGAGAAGAUUGCCAGUGAGCUUGAGCCGGCUUGGUAG